CAUUACACGCCCUUGCUGCACGUUUGAAUCUUCAUUUUUCUGAUCCAAAAUUGCUUCUGCAAGCUGUCACGCAUAGGACUUUUACCGAUACUGAACUGCCGUCUAAUGAAGGCUAUCGGGUUUUAGGAAAUCAUGCAAUCGGCCUAUAUGUCACUGAAUACCUUCACAUCAAGCACCCGCUUCUUCCAUUAUCUUGCUUACAGAAGGCUCUAACGGGAUAUUGUGGUCAUUUGUCUUUAUCGGCUUUUGGACAAGAAGUUGGAUUACAACAUGUUGUCAGAUGGGUGCCGAUCUCCGAUGAAAAAUUAUUCAAACAUUCUAAACAUUUUGAUAAUAUGGUCACAAACAAACAUAAAUCUGAUAGUUCAAUUAAACCGAGUAAAUCUAAACAAACGAAUAUCGGUACCGUUGUAGCUGGAUCUGUUCAAGCUAUCAUCGGU